GCCAAAAUUUUCUAGUGCACAGCUUGCCCAAUCACUGCCUUCGUCUUCACUAGCAUUCUCUCUCUCUCUUUCUCUCUCACAGCCACAUUCUAUUGAUGGUAAAAACUUGUCCAUCCACCAAAACCGUAGUUGUUUAUUUGCUUGGUCUGUAAUUUUCAUCCUACCCAACACAACCCUCCUGUGGCCCUCAAUUUCCCAAAAGAUUCAUUUCAGUUCUUCCAUUUGUUCGUUUUCUCCGAGAUUCCCAUUUCUUUUCUCGUAGCUUUUGCGCUUUCUGAUUUCUUCAUCCGAUUGAAGUUCACUUUUGGAAGCCUUUGGUUUUCAUAUUCUUUUUACUUUGGGUGGCCAACAACUAGUAUUUGAUCCGUUUACCUUCCAGGACAUGCAUGUUUUGAUUGGUAGAUGGGGGACGUGCUCAAGGACCUAACAUCAGGUACUGUUGGAGGGGCGGCACAGUUGAUAUGUGGACACCCGUUUGAUACCAUCAAGGUUAAACUCCAAAGUCAGCCUGUUCCACCCCCUGGCAAGCCUCCCAAGUAUGCUGGUGCGAUGGAUGCUGUCAGGCAAACAAUAGCCGCUGAAGGCCCGAGGGGUCUUUACAAAGGCAUGGGAGCUCCACUUGCCACUGUCGCGGCAUUCAAUGCUGUCCUCUUUACAGUAAGAGGGCAAUUGGAGGUAUUGUUGAGGUCCGAACCCGGUGCCCCUCUUAAUGUAAACCAGCAAAUCAUUUGUGGAGCUGGUGCAGGAGUCGCUGUUUCAAUUCUAGCUUGUCCCACUGAGCUGAUCAAGUGCAGGUUGCAAGCACAAAGUGCAUUGGCAGAUUCAGCUGCGGCUGGUGUGGCAGUGAAGUACGGAGGACCGAUGGAUGUGGCCAAGCAGGUUCUCAGAUCAGAAGGCGGAGUAAGAGGUCUCUUCAAGGGCUUGGUUCCCACCCUGGCACGUGAAGUACCUGGAAAUGCUGCAAUGUUCGGUGUAUAUGAAGCGCUCAAGCAAUACUUUGCAGGAGGUCCAGACACAUCUGGAUUGGGAAGAGGCUCAUUAAUCGUGGCCGGAGGCUUGGCUGGAGGGUCCUUUUGGUUCUCGGUCUACCCAACUGAUGUUGUCAAGAGUGUAAUUCAAGUAGACGACUACAAAAAUCCCAAGUACAAUGGUUCAAUUGAUGCUUUUAGAAAGAUCCUUGCUGCAGAGGGAGUCAAAGGUCUCUACAAAGGCUUUGGACCCGCCAUGGCUCGAAGUGUUCCGGCAAAUGCAGCGUGUUUCUUGGCAUAUGAGGUUACGAGGUCGAGUUUGGGGUGAUGAGAAUCUCGUGCCUAGUUUCUAACGCAAAGAUUGAGCACAAUUUGACGUCAACAUUUGCAAAGUGGCAAUGCCAUUUUUUUAGACGUUUACUUUUCAAUUUGGUGCCACCACCUUCCUAUGUUGUGCUAUCCAGUGCUGGCACAUUCUUUCACCAAUGACUUUGGUGCUCUGUUUUAUAGUUCAAAUCAAGUUAUCUUCUCUUGC